GACAAACCCUACCUAAAAACUCUACACUUGGGGGCGAAGAACAUAACAAGAGAAAAAAAGAGAUCUUUCGAUGGCUUACGCGAGAGUCGGGAACAUCACUGCCGGAGAGCUCAAAAAAUUCGAUGGAAGCGACCCAACGCUGCCCGUGUGCGUUGCAAUCCGGGGAAAAGUCUACAAUGUCUCGAGCGCCACGAACUUCUACGGGCCGGGAGGACCAUACGCCGUGUUCGCCGGAAAGGAUGCUAGCCGAGGACUCGCAAAGAUGAGCACCAAGCCGGACGAGGUGAGCGGCCCUCUCGAUGAUUUGAGCGAGAAGGAGAUGACAACCUUGCUCGACUGGGAGAAGAAGUUCUCCGAUAAGUAUCCCGUCGUUGGCGGCAUUGUCUCGUCCGGAUAGGCAACGCUUCCAGCGCUGGACGAAGAAGAAGAAGAAGAAGCAUCAGUCCAAGUUGCACAGGUAGAAAUACGAGAGCUUUCGUUUCUUACUUUCUUUCUUUGUUGUCUCGUUGUUUGUUUUUUGCCCCCUUGUGUAUAAAGUCUGUGUUCUAAGUAGUACUAAUUGGGAGGACCUGAGAGCUCGGAAGCUAUGUUUCGCAGCGCUAGAACUGCCUGCACCGGCAUUCAAGUGGAAAACGCUGAGUCAAAAGCUACAAAUAAUUAAAACAAUGGAUAAGGCGUGCA